UUGAAAAAUGUUUAGGGCACUUUGGCUUCUCCCACAUCUUUAUAAGCCUGGUCAUGAACUCCAUCAAAUUCAGUGUUGUUUCCAUCCUCAUCAAUGGCAACUCUUCUAAAGCUUUCAAUCCCAAGAGAGGAGUUAGACAGGGAGAUCCCUUAUCCCCCCUACAUCUUCAUCAUCGCCAUGGAAGGGCUGACACGCUCACUUAACCACCUUCAUAGUCUAGGCUGUCUUAAAAAAUACAACACGGGAAGGAUCCAAACGGUAAACCACCUUACCUUUGCAGACGAUGUCCUGAUUUUCACUAAUGGAUCCCUUCACAACCUCAAAAAACUCAAAAGUUUCCUUAGCGGCUUUGAGGAAGCAACAGGUGCUAUUAUCCCGACUUCUGCAGCUAUAGGGUUGCACUUUUAUCCAAUAUGGGAAGCAGCAUCCAUCGCUGAAUGGUUAUACAAUGGUGGUCCUUAUGAACUAAUCGUUCUACAUUUUUUACUUGGUGUAGCAUGUUAUAUGGGCCGCGAGUGGGAACUUAGUUUCCGCUUGGGUAUGCGCCCAUGGAUUGCUAUUGCGUAUUCAGCUCCUGUUGCAGCUGCUACCGCCGUUUUCUUGAUCUAUCCAGUUUUCCUCCAAGCCAUAAAUCAAUGGGUUAUGAUGCUGCCGCGCAUGCAGCCAUCUUUAUGGUACGAGACUAUCAUCCAACUAAUCGAUUUGCCUCAAUUUGGUACCGCUCUCGCGGCCCGCACCGAAACAGUGCUUUACCCCUAGAUGUCCAGUCAACUGCUGCGCCUCAACGCAUUUCGGGGAGAACCAACUAGCUCUGGGUUCGAGUGGCAUUCAUGGAACUAGCAACUCUUGUGACUCUCUUUGUAUCAGGUGUCGUACUUUGUUUAUUGAUCCACUUUUUUUUGAAAGGCGAAAAAAAACUUGUUUUCGCCUCUGUAUUACCGCGGCUGCUGGCACAGAGUUAGCCGAUGCUUAUUCCCCAGAUACCGUCAUUGCUUCGUCUCCGGCAUUGCUCCGGAUAGGUAGGUCUUAGACCUCUCAGCAGCUCAAGAAGGCGGGUCGACCAAAAGCGAUAUAUAAAGGUGCAUA